AUGGAGUCGCAGCUUCGCUUUCUCCUCGCACACGUGCGCAUGGGCCACCAGCGGCGCUACCAGACGUGGUUUGCCACCCGGUUUCUCGCCGCCCCGGAGAGCGAGUCCCUCGUGGCGGAUUUGAUUCGUUUCGUCUGCUGCUCGGUGCAUCCGACCAAUCAGGUGCUGCAAUCCGACGUGGUGCCACGCUGGGCGAUUGUCGGUUGGCUGCUCAAAUGCUGCAGAAGCUGCCACAUGGAGGCAAAUGCCAAGCUGGCGCUCUUCUACGAUUGGCUCUUCUUCAUGCCCAAGACAGACAACAUCAUGAACAUCGAACCCGCGAUGCUGUGCAUGGUCCAUUCCCUUCCCAAAUACGCCAUUAUGACCAACUCCCUCCUGGAAUUCCUCUUCCUUCUCCUAGAUAACUACGACGCGGCGCAUAGAGACGUGAUUCUCCGCGGAAUUUCCGCCUCGAUCGACAUUUUGGUCGGCAAGGGAGUCGUGCCUAGUCUCGAGCCGCUAGCCACAAGCGGCUUCAUUCCGACGAAGCUUCGUGAGCGGCUUCAGGCGCUUUUUCCUGCGUAUUGUCGGCUCGACGCGUCUCCCCAUCGGUACUUACCCCCCUCACCCCUGCAUGACCCGCACCAUGCGGAAAGAGCUGCGGCGGCGGGAAUACCUGGGGGAGGGGGAGGGGCAGUGGGGAGAGGGGGCCAAGCGCGGGGGAGCGGGGCUUUGGUGAAGUCCCCAAGCCCUUCCCCCCCGCAUUUGGCAGCGGAGAGGGACGGAAUGGGGAAUAUUGUUGGCAGCGGAGCGGGGAUAAGGGCGGCGGAGGAACAGCGAGGCAAGGAAGGGCAGGUGGCGGAGUUGGGGGAAGUGGGGGAAGUGGGCGCAGGCGUUAGCGGAAGCCAUCCUGUGGGUGGUUCUGCUGCUGCAGCCGUUGCCGGGAAGGGCGCGGUUGACGCAAGUGGGUCCAUCACUGGCGCGAGGGCGGCGGAAGAUGCGGAAAUGGGGGAGGCUAGCGCUGCAGGGGAAGACCAGGCUGGUGGAAAAGGCCCUGGCGGAGCGGGGAAACGUAGCAAGUCUCCGGAGGGCGCAGAGAUGGAACUAGGGGAGCGCGCCGGAGGGGAGAGCGAGGCGGCGGAGGGAGGGAGUGGUAAAAGGGAGCGGAAGAGGAAGAGGGAGGAGAAGGAGGAAGGGGAGGAGGAAGCGGAGGAGGGAGGGGAUGUGGAGGCUGGGGAGGUGGAGGGAGGGGAGGUGGUGGAGGAGGAAGGGAAAAGAGAGCAUAGCGAGGAGAGAGAGGGCAUGGACGAGGAGAUGAGGGCUAUAGAGGGAAUGGUAAAGGGUAUGGAAGAAGCUGCGGAGGCAGGGGACGGGGCGAAGGUCAUUGGCGGAUUCAAGGCGUUCCUGGUGGCUUUAAGAGGCGAGUAUCCAGUCAGUGAAGCUGGCGGGCGGAAGCCGCAGGGGCAAGCUGAGGGGAAGGCGCAAGGGAAUGAGUACGGGGAACUGGAGGGCGGGCAGGAGAUGGAAAAAGAGGGCAAAGGGGGAACGGGGGGAACUGCAGGGAGGGCGAGGGAGGGGCGACCUGUGGUGAAAGAGGAACAACGGGAUGAGGAAGACGCGCGGCUGGAUGAGGAACGAUCUGACAGGAGCGUCGACUCGGAUGUGACUACAGAAAGAGGCACUACAGAGGGGGAGACGGCGAGCGAUGCUUGCGAGGAUGGCAGGAAAGGGGAGGAAGCAACGGCGACAGCAGCAGAAGCAGCAGCCGACGGGGCAGCCUCCCUGUCUCCUAGUCGGUUGAACGAGCUGCAGCUGCCGCUUCCCUGCCUUCCUGCCACCGUGGGAACUUUGGAAGGUUCUUCUAGGGACGGUGUCACUGGGAACGAUGCUUUUGGGAAUGAGGCUGCUACUGGGAAGGAUGCUUCUGGGAGUGGUGCGUCUGAGGACGGUGCAUCUGGGAACGGUGUAUCUGCUGGUGCAGCUGGUGUGAAGGCGAAGCUUGGAACGCCAUACCCGUUAGAAGGCGCCGCGUUAUCAAACUGGACGUCAACGUUGAUGGUUCUGCACGAGUAUAUUUUGCAUAAUGAGUGGUGGUGGAGAGAGCGGAGGGCGGGUGGUGGUGGGGAGGAUGGGGAGGAGAACCAGGGGGAGCAGAGAGAAGAGGCGAAUGCGAUGGACGCUACAGGAGGGGAGGAGGGCCAGCGGAGUGGAAAAGGAAAAGAAGAUGGGGAGGGCGAGCAGGACGGUGAGGCGACUGACAAGGACAAGGGUGAAUGCGGUGGGUAUGACUUGAACUUCUUGCUGCCAGUAGAGGAGCUGCUUAUAUCGUGGCAUGACAUGGGCCAGCCAGUUACUGCCUGGUUGCUGUGUGUGGGUGCAGCAGCAGCGGAGAAAGAGCAACUGAGUGCGGCCGAUGCACUUGCAGCAGCAGCCAGGGCAGCUAGUGGUACAGAAGUUGCUACUAAGCCUGCGUCUUCAGUUGAUGCCCGUUCGAAAAGGGAUACUCAGGGGGCUGGGUCCUCGACUGGAGGGGAGGGCAGAGAGGAGAGUGACGAGGGUGGGGAACAAAGAGGGGGGUGUAGGGGGGUGCCAGCAGAAGUGGGUGGAUUAGUGGGCAAGGGAAAGAAAGGAGGCGUUGGUGCAGGCAAGCAGGCUUCGUCAGCAGGUGCAGCAGGCAUCUCAGGAGGACCAGGAGCAGCAGAAGGAAGAGGAGCAGCAUCGGAGGAAAAAGCAGAGGAAGAGCAGAAGCGAGAGGAAGAGGAGAAGCGGGAGGACAAAGUGCCACCAAGGAAAAGGUGGUCAUCUAUACAGGAAAAGGAGGAUAAGGAGGCGAGGGAAGCAAGCCAGAAGCAGAAGCGAGAGGAAGAGCAGAAGCGGGAGGAAGCGCAAAAGCGAGAGGCAGAGCAGAAGCAGGAGGAAGAGAAGAAGCGAGAGGGAGAGCAAAAGCGGGAGGAAGAGCAGAAGCGGGAGGAAGAGGAGCAGCUGGAGGAAGAGGAUGAGAUAGAUAAAGAGCUGGAACAGAAGCUGCAGAAGCUGCGGCAAGAGCAGCGAGAGCAGCAGCGACAGCAGGAGGAUCUGUGGAUGCCGUUAAUUGGAGACAGCUGGUCCUGGGACGGGCAGGAGCAGCAGUGGUUAUGGCAGCCUGGGGAUGCUGCUGCUGCAUGCAACCCCGUCCGCCCCCCUCGUCUCCACACUCCUCUCCCUGCCUGCUGA